AGUUCCAGUUUUCAGUCAGUCAGUUCAGUACUUUAAUCAGCUCAAUUAUCAGUCAUGAUCAGUUCAGUUUGACGGUAAUCAAUGUUUAUCGGUAAGCAGCGAUGAGGGUUAUUACACCGACUGAACAUUUAGAUGUCUUCGGCCAGAUGUCCAAAUCUCUUCGUAUGGCCGACUAUACUCUACCUUAGACUGUAGCCGAAUUGACUAAGGCUAGAUGUCUUCAAAUUCUUUGGCCUUCCUCAACACAUAAUUAUUCGGCCCCCACAUUAGUUAAUGCUCCAUGUACUGAAUUGUUAUUCUUAGAUAAGCAAACUAAAAAGAUUGUCAAUCCAUCUGGAUGUAAAGUUCUAAAAUAAGAUUUGUGAUGAAUUAUACACAAAAAAAAAAAAAAAAAAGUGAUGGCCGCGUACCUGUUUCAGUUAAAUGGACCCACCGAAAAUGAAAUAAUGCAUUGUUGAUGCGGUGUCUGAAAAAACAAAAAUUCAGUCAAAUAUGGUUUGGGUGAGGAGAGGAAAAGAACUCUUGCAUAGAAUAAAUGUAAUGAAGUCCUGUUAUAGUUUACUUUCACUAAUGUUAACAAAAGAUCGUUUAUGUAUUGGAUUGACAGACCUAAGUCUCUAGAUCUCUGUCUUGAUGGAAACAAUAAUCUAUCUAUCAAGCUUGGCUCCUGUUCAAAAAAAGAAAAAGAAAAAGAAAAACUUGGCUCAUUAAUUAUUAUUACUGCUGACUACGACUCCCGGAACUUAGACAUACCGCUCACCGCAAAGAAGAGUUUCUUUACUACCUAUUUCUCCAUAAAGGCUUGAGCGCAUUGCUUUCUAACUGUGCCUACUUAUUGCUUGAAAGUCAUCCUCAACUUCCAGCUGCUCUGCUAACCGAAACUGACUUUGCACUUAGAUUGUGGAGUAUCCGUCUUUCUCUUACUCGUCUUUCAUCGACCAUGUCCAAAAUCUCUUUGCUCCAAUCCAAGACCACAAAAAACCAUGUAUAGUUAUAGGCUAUCCAUGUUUAUCCCUCUUUACUACUUCAUCCACUCUUACUUUCACAGUUGACAGCAGCAACUCACCUGCUCUUUAUCACCCAGUAGAUAAUAUCGCAGUUAACCGCAGCUCCUUGGGCAACUCAUCAUCUGCACUAGAUGGCCGGCAGUGAAUUGGAGAUAUUGGUUCUAAAUAUGUCAUUUCACAAGGAUCCAAGGGCAAAUUGAUAAGCUCAACACCUAUAACUAAUGUAAUUAGGCACCAUUCAAGCCAACAAGUAAACGGAAGAAACCACACAAGCAGUGCAGGGCUUGAUGAUACGUUAAGAGUGCUCUGUUAUUUGCAAUCUAGUUCCAACCACAUCCUCCUCUUUGUUAAGUGAUACGUCAGGCUUGGUUGGGUCCAAACUAUAGUAGUUGGGAUUCUCUUUUGUUUUAGUUGAACUGAGUUUAUAUGCCCUGGAAAUUUUGACACAGACAAGUCAUUUCUAUAUAUCUUUCAAAAUUUUAAUGUUUGAUUUGAUGGAUGGAAUGUAUCACUAGCACACCAUAUAUUUUAUUUUUAUUUAAUUAGAGAGCUAGGCACUUUACCUGCAUAAUUACUAUCAGGUAAAUAGCCUAGCUCUCUGAUAAAAUAAAAAUAAAAUACAUGGGUGUGCUUCUUAAUGGUUAAGGUGCUAUAUUACAGGAAGUGACAACUUUACAAAAUGAUAUGUGAAGGGUAUAUUGCAAUUUGGCUGUUAGUUGGGAACUAGUGCUCUCUCUCUCUCUUUCGGGUGAUGGCUGUGCAAGUUUAGACUCGUGUAACGGACCUAGUUGUGUUCUUUCUUUUUGCUAGAUUGCUGCAGUUAAUGUUGCAUGUGCUGAAUUGUUAUUCUUAGAUGAUCUGUGGCAUAUGCAAAGGAAAAGGAUUGUCAAUCCAUCAGGCUCUAAAGAGCUAGAAUAAGAUUUUUGAUGGGUUAUGGAGGGGAAAAAAAAAAAGAGUAAGGGAAAAGAAGAGGAAGAUGAAGCAACGGGCACCAGCAGUUGUCGGUGGCAACUCCCCUGCAUUUUAUUACCCAGUUGAUAAUAUUGCUGUUAACUGCGGCUUCUCCGGCAAAUCAUCAUCUGCACUAGAUGGCCGGCAGUGGAUAGGAGAUAUUGGUUCAAAAUAUAUCAUUUCUCAAGGAUCCAAGGUCAAGUUGAUAAGCUCAACACCGGUUGACCGACUGUUUUCUGUCAAUCCUGUUCCCUACGGGUCUGCUCGGAUUUCUCGUUCACAAUUCACCUAUAGAUUCCAAGUCUCUGCUGGCCCGAAAUUCAUUCGUCUUCAUUUCUGUCCUGCUUCUUACCCGGGUUUCAAAAGGUCUAAAGAUUUUUUUACUGUAAAAGCAGGUCCUUAUACCCUCCUUAGCAACUUCAGUGCUUCACUUACUGCUGAUGCUUUGGGCUUACAAUCUUUUGCCAAAGAAUUUUGUGUGAACGUGGAAGAAAAUCAGCCACUGAUCGUAACAUUUUCUCCAUCAACAGAUGGUACUUUGGAUGAGGUAUAUGCUUUUGUGAAUGGCAUUGAAAUUGUCUCAUUGCCAACAGGACUUUAUCAUACUCUCGAGGGUGAUCCAGGUGCACAUGUUGCUGGCAAGAAAUAUCGCUUCCCAAUUGAUGAGAGCAUCGCACUCGAGUUGGUACAACGAUUAAAUGUUGGCGGAAGUUCCAUUUUGUCCAUAGAAGAUACGGGCAUGUUUCGAGAGUGGUCUGAGGACUCCAAUCAUUUAUUAGAAUCAAGUCGCUUGCCAGUUAGUACAACAAUUCGGAUCAAAUACACAACUACACCAACAUAUUCUGCUCCUCAAAAAGUUUACCAAACAUCUUGGUCGAUGGUUCUGGACCAGCAAGCGAACAAGACCUUCAAUUUUACGUGGAAAUUACCUGUUGAUCUCGGAUUUAGGUAUCUACUUAGGUUCCAUUUCUGUGAGCUUGAAUACGAGAUAAAAGAGAGUGGCCACAUGGUGUUCAAGAUCUUUGUUAAUAAUCAGAUGGUUGAGGCUAAUGCUGACAUUAUCAAAUGGAGUGGCAGCAAUGGGGUUGCAGUGUAUAGAGACUACGUGUUGACAAUGGAAGGAGAUCGGAUGAAGGGUAAGCGUGAUAUGGUUAUAGUGUUGUGCCCUCACAAUCACAGCUAUGAGUGGAGGACCACACACAUUGAUGCAAUUCUAAAGGGGUUGGAGGUAUUCAAGUUGAGCAACCCCGACAAUAAUCUUGCUGGGGUGAACCCGGUGCCUGUGGCAAGUGGUUCGAUAUUUGGUAACCCAAAUCCCCAGAAGUUUGUCUUUGCUAGCGGUGGAAAUGUCAUUGCAACUGGUGUAGUAAUUUUCCUGUGUGUAUUGAAUAUAAUUAUUUACCAGUUACGUAUAUUGGGUGACAAAUUUGGUGAGAAAAACUUCUCAUCAUUACCAUCUGAGGAGUCGUGUCGUCGCUUCUCACUUGCUGAGAUCCAAUCUGUGACCAACAACUUCAAUGAUGAAUUGGUCAUUGGAAGUGGUGGGUUUGGUAAGGUCUACAAAGCACUACUCAUCGACGGUGUGGAAACUACUGUUGCCAUAAAACGGUUGAAUUCAAAUUCUAAGCAAGGCGCACAUGAGUUUUGGACAGAGAUUGAGAUGCUUUCCAAGUUUCGACACAUGCAUCUUGUCAGUCUCAUAGGCUAUUGUGAAGAAGGCCACGAGAUGAUCCUUGUUUAUGAGUAUAUGGAGCAUGGUACCCUUGCUGAUCAUCUCUACAAAAUUAAUACCAGUGGAAAUAUUUGUCAUCUAUCAUGGGAGCAAAGACUCAACAUAUGCAUUGAUGCUGCUCGUGGAUUGGAUUACCUUCACACGGGUACUCAACAUGGUAUCAUACACCGAGAUGUGAAGACCACAAACAUUCUAAUAGACAAGGAUUGGGUAGCUAAGAUUUCAGAUUUUGGUUUGUGCAAAAUGGGCACCACAAGCCAUUCUAGAACCCAUGUUAGCACAGACGUUAAAGGCACAUUUGGUUAUUUGGAUCUAGAAUAUUUCUUGACCCGUAGGCUAACCAAGAAAUCAGAUGUGUAUGCUUUUGGGAUUGUGUUGUUGGAAGUGCUUUGUGGGAGGGUUGCAGUAGAUAUAAGGCUUGAGGAAGAACAACGCAGUUUAGCCCUAUGGGCUCAACACUGUAUCAGAGAGAAGAAACUUGAUCAGAUCAUUGACCCCAGUUUGAAGGACCAAAUCUCGCCACAUUGCCUGAAGGUGUUUGCAGAAGUUGCUAGCAAAUGCUUACAUAAUCGUCCAAAUGGACGGCCUACAAUGGCUGAUGUAGUGGUGAGCCUCGAGUGUGCAUUGGCAGCACAGGAUCAGUGCAGGGACAUACAAGCAGAUGAUGCUCUGCCACAAGGUACAGUUCCCUCGUGCGCAUUGGUGGCACAGGAUCAAUGCAGGGAUAUACGAGCAGAUGAUGCUGGCACAGUCCCCCCUCCCUCCACUCCUGUGCAAUACUGUGAGAAUAUACCCCAAGCCAAGAAGAGUUCAAUGGGAAAGCUCAACAAUGUGUUUCAGAGUAUUAUUGCACUUUUAGGUAAAGGUAUGAAUGUUCGUUGGAGGAAGACGAAGGUCUAUGAUUCCAACAGUGGAAUGUUACAGUGGGAUAGUUCCACUCCGCGGUUACAUGGUUUCUCUAUCAGGGAGAUUAAAGAGGCCACAAACGAUUUCUAUUACGAGCUCGAGAUCGGAGAUGGUGGCUUUAGCAAGGUGUACAAAGGCUGGAUCAACCACAAAACUGUUGAGGUUGUGGUCAAACGUUUGACAUCAGGUGCUAUCCCGACAGAUAUCCACGUUCAGUCCCAGCUUUGUCACCUACACAUUAUGUCUUUGAUCGGUUACUGCUGCGAUGAAGGUGAGCAGUUUCUAGUGUACAAUUACGGGGCAAAUGGGUCUCUCUGCGAUCAUCUUUAUGGGAUGGACAAGGGUUAUACUCCGCUUCCAUGGGAGAAGCGGCUUGAAAUCUGCAUCGGUGCUGGACAAGGACUGCAAUAUCUACAUUCCAGGCAUGAAAUCAUCCAUGGCAACAUUAAACCAGCAAAUAUUUUGUUGGACAAGAAUUUAGUAGCAAAAGUUUCGGAUUGUUGGUUGCCCAAUGUGGUCGGUGUCACUACGCUUAUCUGUGACAAUUUGGAAUAUUUGGAUCCAGAGUACAUACAAUAUCUGCGACUGACAGAAAAAUCUGACAUAUACUCAUUCGGUGUGGUGUUAUUGGAAGUACUGUGUGCUAGGAAUCCAUGCGAUCCUUCCCUAAAAGAGGAUAGAAAAAUGCUAGUACGCUGGUUCAGAACUUGUGUUCAAAGGAAAACAAUUGAUCAGAUCAUUGAUCCAUUUCUAGUGGGGAGCAUAGCCCCAGAAUGUUUGAGGGAAUUUGUCAAGAUCGCGUGGAAUUGCCUGCUUGAUAGGGGAAUAGAACGGCCAUCAAUGUAUGAUGUGGUUGGGAGCCUCAACAUUGCGCUGCAGCUGCAGCAGAUUUGGCACAAUGAUAUUGAGGUCGGCAGCUCAUCACAUAAUGAUCUGGUGAAAGAACGGUUUUGUCAUGCUUACAACAAUGUGUUGUCAUAUGACGGUGCAUUUGACAACUCGGAUCCGGAUACAGGGACCAAUGGGCUGCUGGUCAAGAAAAUUUAGCUCUUUAAAAUCCCUUUUUUUCUUUUCUUUACUUUUGCAUAGCUUCAACAUGGGUGUCAAAGUGUUCUGUGGUGUUUUUCUUCAUCUUUAUUUUGGUAGAUUGCUGUAGUUAAUGUUGCAAUGUGCUGAAUUGUUAUUCUUAGAUUGUUAUUCUUAGUUUCUCUAAUUUCGUCAAAGUCUUUAGUCCUGUGUUUUGACAGACUCGACCCUGCAAAAACUUUUCUUUUAUUUUUUAUUUUUUGAAUAAAAAUUAAUUCUUAUGCUA